UCGAACAGUGCUCUUUUGCUGGAGAAUGCGUCACAAUUCCUCAUCAGUUCGAAGCACACUGCGGUAGAGUCGAUCUCGUAGACUUUCCGCUUAGGGUUCGCGAAGUACGUGAAAGUGACUUUGUAUAAGUUUUUCACACUCAACAUUGACAUUUCGUAUAUAAAAUCGCUUUAAAUUCAAACUCCGCGGUGCAGUCGUUCAAGCGCGCCUAAGUGUAUUCAGUGAUUUGUCAAAAGCUUCUUAUUGUUAAACGCUUUUUCAUUUUGAGUCUAUUUCGGAUGUGUCAGCUGAUUGUUUUCGCGGUAUCAAGCAACUGAAACAUAUUUAUGGGUGUGAUAGGAGCACAGGCUUGUCAGCAGUGCCAAGCAGAAGAGAACAAUAAUUGCAAGGAGUCGAAAAGCAGUGGAUUUUCACCCUUGAAGAAGAUGAAGGUCCUCAAGAAGAUUAAGAAGAAGAUGGGAAUAGCCUCAAGAUCUUCUUCCCAUACUCAUGGCACGAACAAUCUACCUCCAUUACUUUUCCACAAUAUCCAUGGGGAAAACAUCAGAAUCUCACGCGACGGCACAGUAGCCAAGCGAGUGGAAAGCUUCUGUAAAGGCAUUGUCUUCAGUAGCCGACCAGUAAAAGUGAAUGAAAAGGUGAGUGUGAAAUUUUUGGAAAUAUCCAACAACUGGAGCGGUGUGAUUCGAUUCGGAUUUACGGCGAACGAUCCUACCAGUCUAAGAUAUGGUUUGCCGAAAUACGCUUGUCCCGAUCUGACCAAUAAGCCGGGAUAUUGGGCGAAGGCCCUUCCUGAACGAUUCUGCAGCCAAAAUACCAUUAUGUUCUACUAUGCCACCUCAACCGGUGAUGUACAUUUCGGCAUCAAUGGCGAAGAAAAGGGGAUUUUCUUCGGUGGUGUUGAAACCAGAGGUCCAAUUUGGGCCUUGAUUGAUGUCUAUGGAAAUUCUACAGGGGUGGAAUUCGUCGAUGUUAGACACCAGUUGAAUAAUUCACGAUCCAAUGUUGCACCGUCCUUGCCAUCAUCUGAGACUGCGGCAGUCAUCGCUCAUUCACGCACCCCCGAGCCAGUAGAUCGCAUAACAUAUGCAAUGCAACAAGUGCACAUUCAACAAGUUGCCAACCAAAACCAAAUGGCUAAUAGCGUGUCUCAAAGUCAAGAUCUCAACUUACCCUUGUUGAGAUACCAACCUCAUACAAUGAAUUAUCAAGCUAUGCCGUUUCAUCGCACCAGAGGAAGAAAUGUUAGAUUUUGUGGUAGCUGCAGAAGCGUGGCCAUGAGGACGGAUACUGAAUUUUGUCAGGGUUACGUUUUCACAGCAAGACCUUUACAGAUAGCCGAACGAAUUAUAGUUCAAAUUUUGUCUACUGAACCGAUGUUCCAAGGGUGUCUGGGAUUAGGAUUAACGUCUUGCGAUCCAUCCACGUUAACUACGGCAGAUCUACCGGACGAUUCAAACUUCUUAUUGGACCGGCCCGAAUACUGGGUAUUGUCUCGAGACUUUGCGAGAAAUUUAAAUAAAGGCGAUGAAGUUAGUUUCUACAUAGCGCCAAAUGGAGAAGUGCAGAUUUCCCAAAACGGAGGCGCUCCUUUGGUUGUUAUGCAUGUGGACCAAAGUCUUAGAUUAUGGGCAUUCUUUGAUAUCUACGGAUCAACUCAACGUAUUCGACUUUUAAGUGGAAAUACAGCUACAAAUUUGAGUGCCAGUCCUCUAAGGAACUCAUCGAGCCAAAGUAUUGUCGAUAGAAGACAUAUCCCAACCAGUGAGUCUAUUAAUAGCAUCAAUUUCCAGAAUGAAAUGACCAGGCAAGGAAACAACAGUUCACGACAAAGUUUAGUGGUUCGAGAUGUGGAAGUCAUGCCGAUCCAAACCAGACAAGCAACGCAGCCACAAAAUGGACGGUUAUGUUUUCCACAGGCCGAUAUCCAGGUUCAACCGGUAGCCAAUGGUGGUGCCGUUUUAUCAGUGAUUCUGCCACCAUCGACUACUAUCAGUCAUCAUGGGUUCAGUAACCAUACAACAUCGCCACUCUCGCCUGUAAGCUCAGUUAUUGCACCAGUACCAACUACGUCUAAUGCUCUGUCUAGUGGAACUAUGAUGAGUAGCUGCAGUGCGCAGUAUAUUGAGCCUAUCAACGUAUCCGAUUCAAGUACCUACUCAACGCCCCUUAGCUGGGCAGAACAAAACUGCGCUGGCACAACUCAUACAUUGACCGCUGGCGCAGAAUGCACAAUAUGCUAUGAAAAUUCUAUAGAUGCAGUUUUAUAUAUGUGCGGUCAUAUGUGUAUGUGCUACGAGUGUGCACUUCAACAAUGGCGAGGAAAAGGAGGCGGUCAUUGUCCGCUUUGCAGAGCGGUUAUAAGAGACGUGAUAAGGACAUAUAAGUCGUAAGAAGCACCAUUUAUAGUAUUUUCCUUAGUUUCGUUGAUCAGUUAGACCUAUUUUUCAUUGAAAUUAUUUAUUUAUAAGAACUAGUCAGCAUAUCCCAAAACUAUAAAAAAGAAUGCGCUGGUCUAACACUGUUACCAACUAGAUGGGAAUUCGAUCUUUUUUCGCAUGGACCUCGCCAUCACUCACUUUCAUUCAUUCAUUUAAGAAAUCUUACUACCGAAUAAAUGACAAAUUACUCGAAUGAAAGUUACUAUCAAAGUGCUUCCAAAAACGAUAGACAUUUGUAAGAAGACUGAAAUUGUAUGUGUGUGUAUUUUUUUAUGGAAACUAGUGUUCUGAACUUAUAUUUCUUGUGUUUAAUCUGUACAGUUCGUUAUUUACUCUUGUACAUAACCCAUCACUUUCAUACGGCAAAAUUACCAAUUCUCGCAUUCAGAUAGUCAAUUAGGUUAAGUCGAGAUCACUAUUUAGAGCCUUCAGUUAACCACUAGUUAAGCAAUCGUUUCUCCUAAAUUUGCCAUUAGAAAAUUAUCCAGAAAGUUUCUUAAUGGUUGUCUAAAAUUUGGAUAAAACUACUUGUUUUUUGGUUUAGAAUAACAUUUGAAAUAUCAGAAACUGUUAAUACGAGGCUCCAAAUAAAUCCAACCAAAGAAUUGAAAACUGCAAGUUCUACUAACGUUCGGCUUAGUAUCAUGGCUAGUCCAGUUUUUUAGUCAUAGCUGCUUUGUAUAUGUUAAAGCAGUAUAAAUCAUAAGUUUAAGGAUUUAAUUUAUUGUUCGCAUUCUAGUUAUUUUUUAGUUAUUAAGUUUGAGUUUGAGGGUUUUGUAUCUACGACCCUGGAAAGAACAGUUUUGGUUUAGUUGCGUCUUUAUUCUUACUAACUGGGCAGAUGUUAGUUUGAAAAAUUUGCCGGUUUUGUAAUAGUAUUUUGUUCCUUCGAGACGAUGAAUUAAUUGCAGCAGAUAAUUAUUUUCAUUGCUGUUAAUGUGGCAACUGAGAGAAGUAAUUUUUUUAAUGCUUUUGAGGCCCUUUAUUCAUCUUUGAAUAACGUUAUCUAGUAAAUAAUGUCCAUAGCAAUUAUUGCACUAAUAAUUGAAACUACAGGAAUUAUCGAGCAGAUAAAGUUAUCCCAAUUUGAAGAAGCGGCAAUUAAUGGAAAAACUACUUUUCAGAAGGCUAAUGAUAAUUAAAUGACCAUUUGAUUUAUUACUGCUCUUAUAACUGCUUCAAUUUUGUGAGUUCGACUUCAAAAGGAGCAUAUUUUUAAGCUGCAUUUAUGUUAUUGCUAGAAGUGCAUAUUUUGAUACCAAAAUAGAGGCCAGUUUAAGUUUAACAGAACAUAUAAAUAAUGGGGGAUGGUGAUUCUGUCGAAUCACCUGCUCUAAACAUAGAGCAAACUGUCCCGGCCACUCGUAGUGCUCCUUUAAAGAAACGUGCUGCUCAAGAUAAAUGUCGACAGAAGACAAACGGCGAUAAAGUAAAAAGUAACUUAAACGACUUGUAUCCUGAAUCAGUUCAUUCAGACAUCAGAACCGAGUCAAUAUGCUGCAUCCCAAAAGAGGAAUGCGCCGACUGUACCGAAAACCACAUCAUUUGUUGAAACUGACUUGAAACUCGAAACUGGCGCAGAUCAGCCUGUUGAUCCUGAGUGGAAGAAACGAAAGAAGAUGUCAUUCUAGACCUAAAGGGAAAAUAAAAGGGUAAUCGAUCAACUCAGAACAGAAAACACCUACCAUCUAUAUACUUAUAUAUUUAAUUGAUAACUUAAACACGAAUGUUUAACUUAGUAAAUAAAUAAGUGUAAUUUUCCAAAGUGUAAUCGGCACUGCGCUCGAUUACCCUUUUCUUUCUCCUUUAGGUCUAGAAUUAAUUUGUUCUUCUUUCUUCUUCCACUCAGGUUCAACAGGCUCAUCUGCGCCAGUUUCUAGUUUUAAGUCAGUUUCAACAAAUGUGGUUUUCGAAAAUGUCAACUAAUGUACGCCUAAAAUUUGUGAAAAUCAUGUUUCUGUUAAAUAACAUUUUUGCAAUGUCUAUUCUUUUGUAUAAAUAUCAUAGUUAUUCUAGUCAAUAAGAAUACGUACUGAAUUAGUGCAGAAAUGUUAUUAAUAUUAUCACUGUAUAAACUAAAAAACUAUUAAAUAUGAGAUGUUCUAUUUAA